AUGACAGAUCGUACUAGUAGGAAGAAAGCAGCAAUUGGAGAGAAGGAUAAUGAUAAUAAUUCAGUUAAAAAUAUGUUAGUUUCAAACCAAGGAGAUCAAUCAAGAAACUCUGGUUCAAAUCAAAAUAGCCAAGGUAUAACAGAUGAUACCGGUAAUAAGAGCCAAGUAGAUUCGGAAAUCUCCAAGAAUCUCGGUUCAAGCACUCUUCAUGGAAAUUCUAAAGAAGUCCAAUCAGUUACGAAUCAAGGAGACAUUAAUAAUAACAAUGUACUCGAUUCUAAUCUGUUAAGAGAAAGCGAAAAACGGGAUAACAAAACUAUAAAGAAUCCAGUGAAGGCUAAUCCGAUAGUUAUAGAAGAUUUAAUUGAUGAUUUAAGUUCUCAAAAGUCGAAUGAUGAAACAAAUGUAAACUUGUUAGAUGUGAAUAGCGCCUUCAAGCAAAUUCCGGUAAUGAAAAGUACACCAAAGAAAGCUAAGAAUCAAGUCAAAUCGAUCGAAAGAUGUGAUAGUGAUAGUCAAAUUGUAAAUGCGACGUAUUUAGAUUUAUUGAGAAGUCAACCAAAGUCUUUUGAAAAAGAUCAAGUAGUGAUUGAAAAAGAUGGAAAAACUGGAAGUGAAAUAGAUUUAACGGAUAAAAACGAGGUUUUCAAGAAAGCUAUGUCUUUAACAGUAGAAGGCGAUGGUUAUGGAGCGUCUAAAUAUCUCAAGAUCUAUGAAGCUUUAGGUCAUUUAGAUAAACAUCAAGAGAGACCUUCAAAUAAACAAGCAACAUCAGCUAAUCCGAUUUUAGAAGAAACUCAUGAUGAAAAGAAGAGAGAUGAUGGAGGUGUUUUUGAAAAUGGAAUGUGGUUCUUUCCAGGUAGAACUUCCACUUAUAAAAACAGAAGUUAUACGCCAUAUUUCGACAGGAACAUAAAAGAGUUAAGGUAUCCAAUUCCAUUAACUAUCUUCGAUAAUGAUUGGCAAACUAAAGCAAUGGGUUACCAUGCGAAGAAGAAAAUCAAAUCUGUUGAAGGAGAAUUAAAGACUGAAACUUACACAGGUUUACCAUAUGCAGACAAAUGGUUGUUAGAUUAUGGAGAGUGGUGUAUACAUUAUAAUGGUUACAUAAAUGCACUAACCAACGCACGUUUCAAGAAGUUUGUAGAAUGGUCUUUAGCCCACAAAGCAAAUGUAGAAAAGGUGAUGGCGUUGAUGGGAUGGUUAACGGCUUUAAAAUACGAUAUAAGAGUUAGAGAAGAAUCCUUAAUCAAUAGAGUUGAGGUGGAUGGUCAUGUUGCACCACCAGACAUCUCAGGAUACAAUCAAGCAUUAGCAGAAGAGUGUUUCUUAUUAACUCGAUCUAGAGGUAAAGUUUUUCAUCUGUGA